AUGGCUUCGAGCAUAUCGCAAGAACUGGACCCUUACUUCCUUCGCGUUCCUUACGAUAAACGAUGGGAUCUCUUUCAGCCCAUAAUACGUUCCUUAUACAUCGAUGACAAUCGUAGCGUAGCAGACGUCGCUAGAAUAAUGAAAGAAGAUCACAAAUUCUCAGCUCUCGGAAGCCAGUACAAGUACCGGCUGAAGAUAUGGAACUUCACGAAGUCCGUCCCCAAAGAGAAAAAGGAAGCUGCUAUCACUGCCCUCGGAAAACGCGUCCGGGACGAUAGCACAUCUACUGCUGUUACUAAAUACAAAGGAGCUGUGAUAGAGAAGAAACAGCUUCGUCGAUACAUGCUUGAGCAAAAGAGGACACACACAAAAGAUGUGGCAGUACUAUACUCGGGUGGAAAUACGUUCAUACGUUGGAACUUGCCAUCUCGUGCAUUCGCAUCUUCUGCACCUGCAGUAGCCGAUCAUCGAUCCCCAUACCGGACAACAAACUUGACGCCAAUCGAUAUCUCUGUAGUCAGUCCGGCUGCCAACAGGAUUGGAGGCAGUCCGUUCAUUAACGACCCAUCGAUGUUAGAUGCGCCAUCUCCUAAUUUGAUUGUACUAAGAGAAAAAGAACAGCGCGAAAGAACCGACCUUUUUCUUGGUGGUCAUCACGAAACACUUUUACAGCGUAUGGGCAAACGUGAGAAAAUGGCACUAACAACAUGGCUCUAUCAAUUUUGGCUAUUCUCCUUCAUGACGGCGAAGUAUUGGGGCGUCGGGCCAAGGAAUUGGACGUCAGAUAUGCUCGAAUUUGAUCGCUAUCGAGAUGAAGUAUCGCCAUGCUUGUCAAAUACGCCAAACUUCAAUGGAGAGAUACCAGCAACCCCUGGGAGUAGCGGUGCCAUUGGUGCUAUUCACGUGUACAGUUUCUAUCACUCAGGAGCAUCGAGUCCUAGUUCUGUCGAUUCGGAAGGCUUGAGCGACAGCGAAGACUCGGAGAGUGAAGAACCAGAAAAUGCUGAUACCCGUGACCCUGGUACUUGGAAAAGAUGGACAGCCAAUCGCAGUCCCACCAACUUUGCGAAAAAGCUGAAAGCUGCGUUGAAAAAUAAUCGCUUCAGUAUCAUCUGCGCCUCGGAUCUGCCCAUCACUACCAUGUCACUGAAGGAAGCUGCGAAAACUUCUUCUGCUGCUUUGUUGAUGGAGUGUUUUUGCUUCGCCAUCAUGACCAGGAACCCGAAGCUAUUUUGGAAAAUUUUACCCAAAAUCGAAACUACAGUCGUGCAGAAUAGUCAUUUCUACCCUUUACAUCUAGCAACUAGCUUUUUAGAUGGGUCUGAGACAUGUUGCAAUAUUCUUGACGCAUUGAUGAAUCAUAUGGGCAUUUGCAACUCUGUGCGCAAGCUCUUCAUCAACGAUCGUGGCCACACAGUCUUGGAUAAUCUCAUGAUGGCAAUCCUGAAAUCACAUACGUCUUGCGCACCAGUCACUGUGGACGAUUCUUUCAAAGAUCUGAAUCAUUGGUCGGGAGAAGAAGUUGACAUUUGUGGAAGAUGGGAUGCUGAUUCACCGUGCGUCCGCUCUCACUUAGCUGAAGGGAAUGCUUCCAUCCCAAUCGGUUGGAAGCAUAUGUUCUGUCAUACCUCCGUCCAAACCAUUUGUCACUGCAUAGGCCGUGUUUUUGGACCAUCAUACGCCCCUAAGAUCGACACACCAAGCGGGCUUUUUUUGAAACACUGUCAAAACUGUGGGCACAAACUCCAGCUAUUGCCCCUCCACUCACUUGUCCUGGUAGCUUUUCAUCUUGCACAAAGUGGGUGCGAAGAUGAGAAUCUUUUUGGUAUACUUGCAGUUCUGGUUUGCCUUUUAGCAAAUGGUGCAAAUCCUCUUGAUCGGGCAGCUAUCUCGAUGAAAGCCCUUAGAGGUCAAGACAAUGCAUAUGAAUGCAGUCAUGAACUUCUUGAGCCGAUUGAUAUUGCGGAUAAGAUCCCAAGCACACUUAUGUCAUCAUGGACUUCCGAUGCAAGAUUGGGAUGGGACGUCUUUUGCAGUGUUUUACGUUACGCUGGAAAUGAAAGAAGAUCCGGUGAAAUCACAACACGUUCAAGUGUGAACACAAUGGAUCGCGGCGAAGAUUUCUCGGCUUUUCUAGAGUACGGCAGUGAUAGUGACGUCGACAUGGAUGAGCGACGUGACGAUGAAGAUGAAAGUGAAGAGGAAACGGAAACACAUUCUCCAUUAUGCGAUCACGACGAACUGAACAAAAAUUUCUAUGGACGAAGCGAUGUUGUAGGAAAACUGUGGGCAGCUGUACAAACCGAAUUACUAACUUACCGCCGACUAGAAGUUGAGAAUAGCUGGCUAUCAAGUAAUUUCGACAUGCUUUCCCUCCUAGAUGGCAUCCCGCUUGGAUUUGUAUCACUGUCCCUUCUGGACAAUGAUAUGAUGAAUCCGUUCUGUCGAUGUGGAAGAUUCAUUGAUGUCCUUGAUGAAGCUUGUGUAUGUGUUGAUGAAGCAUGUAGUCACUACUUCUCUAACAUGGGAGAUUGGGAAAGAAGCGCGUAUAUUGUGAUUCCGGAAAGUGGAAUGUAA